UUCGACAGACAACUUCGAACCUCUACGUGCGCGCGAGUGGAGGCUCCCCUCCGUCUGUGUUUCGUUCGGUGCUCCGUUCCUGCUCCAGGUCGACCGUUGAUCGAGACAAAGGAGCAUUUUUUCACUGAGUACUGAUGGCUGUCAAGGGACUAGUCUCGUCGAUUGUCAAGUUUCUGACAGACCAAUUGCAAGAUGGCGAUAUAACUGCUGAUUCACGAGAGAGUUUGGAAGUAGCAAUCCAGUGUCUGGAGAGUGCUUAUAAUGUACAAGCCUCUGAUGCUCCCGCAAACGUAAAUCUGCAUCAAAUUUAUAAAAAUGCAAUGGAGAAUGCUACGCCGGUUCUGGGUCCAGAAGCUACGCCGGAAGCAAAAGCUGAAGCAGAAAGAUUGAAAAACGAAGGCAAUGCACUUAUGAAACAAGAGAAACAUCAUGAAGCGCUUGCCAAUUACACAAAGGCAAUAACAUUAGAUUCUCGCAAUGCAGUGUAUUAUUGUAAUAGAGCUGCCGUUCAUAGCAAACUUGGUAAUCACACCUUAGCUAUUAAAGACUGUAACACGGCGCUUUCUAUUGAUCCAUCGUACAGCAAGGCAUACGGUCGAUUAGGUUUAGCAUAUUCAAGUUUGGAGAGGCAUAAAGAGGCUAAGGAGAGUUAUGAGAAAGCCUUAGCGAUGGAACCGGAUAACGAGAGUUAUCGAAACAAUUUGCAAUUGGCGGAAGAGAAAUUGGCCCAAUUAGGUGUCAAUCAGUCUCUCCCUAAUUUACCCGGAAUGGAUUUGAGCGCUCUUUUAAGCAAUCCUUCUUUAAUGAAUAUGGCGCGUCAGAUGUUAUCCGACCCAGCUAUGCAGACCAUGAUGUGUAAUCUUAUGUCUGGUAACGUGGAAGAGGGUGGUCGCAUGGAAUUACUCAUAGAGGCAGGCCAACAAUUGGCGCAGCAAAUGCAGAACGCAAACCCCGAGUUGAUCGAGUCGCUGAGACGGCAAAUGGGCGGCAAUCCGAACGAUCCGGAACCACCGCAACAAAAUUAAAGUACGGCUGGUUGUGUGAUAGAUGGACAUGAACUUUAUGGACAUCAUAGCUGACUUUUUCUCAUUUGUAGUUACAGAUCAAUACAUUGUAUCGUUUUCUAACGAACGCCGUAAGGCAAGAUUUACAGCUUCAAUGAUAAUUUUAUCAUAUAUGUACGCGAUAACGCGCAUACCAUAAAAUUCAUUUCAUAGAUUAGCCGUUACGGGUGUAACAGCGGGCCUCUCUUCUCUUCUCAUCUUCUCUUUAGCUAUUGUACAAUUUUUUAUAGCAUGCUAAAGAUUGAUACAACGUGACAAUGUUUUUUAAUUGUCACGAUAAUUUGAGUGACUACAAUAAUUGAGUGGUAUCCAAUUUUCCGCAUCAUCCAGGGCAUUAUUUCUAGAUCGUGCACUGUAUUACGAAUGAUAACUACGCGUGAAUUUAUAUAACACAACUGUUCAUAAUGUCUCGGUUGAAUAACUGAUGAACAUUCAAUUGACGCGAAAUAUACACGAAUUCAUGAUAUCGAUCGAAUUGCAAAUCAUUGUUUAAUAUUUUAUUCAUAUUAUAUUACACACAUAUGUACGAAAUUGAAUUUUUCUGUCAACAUUUUAAAAAUAAUUAUUGCAUGAUUGUUGAUUGAUGAAAUCUUUGGGCUAAACACAGACGGAAACUUUUGCAUAUCAAAUUUACAGUCUCACGUUUCUCGAAUAUACGAAUUUCUUAGCACACUGCAUAUUAAAAAUAACGGCAACAUGCUAAUACUAACAAACAAAUUGUAAUAAAAAUUGUAGCAUGAAGGAAAUAUUCGGAUUUCUUUUCUAUUAUUUCGCCGUAUUUCUUCCAAUUAGACAAGUGGAAAAUUCUUCACCCAUUGUGAGAUAUUAAUGGAUAAUUUAGAAAAAAAAUCGAAAUUACAAACAAAUAAAAAGUUUCCGACAAACACACUCGUCUCUGACUUGUUGUGCUGUGAGUUACUAAAGAAUCCUCGAUAGAAUUGAUUACAUCUCUUGUUUCCUUUGUUUUUUUUUCUUUUUUUUUUUAGGGGAGCGAUUUCGAUGCGUUAACUGAACGAGAUAGAGACAGGGGCGCAUACAAGUGUAGUGUAAUUCGCGCGAUGCGCUUUCUAUCCGCAAGAAGAAAAGAAGCUGCGCGAUAUGUUGCGGUCGAAGAGCGUGACUUAUCGGCGAUAUCUUUGUAAGACGAGCGUUCGCUACGCGUUGAUAAUCAACGGAUACGGUUUCUUCGGGUGAGAUGCGCGUACAUACGUAAGUUUCAUUAACGGCCGCAUUCCCCGUAUUCCAUGGACUCGGCCGGCUGAGCAUGAGCGCUGAUGAGCGCCGGCCAAUUCCACGUGCGUCACGCGAUGACAUCAUUCUUAUUUGGCCACCACGCGCGCGCGCGUAUUACAUACACCCGCGCACAUACUUUUAAGAAUACGCACGCGCAGAUGGCGUGUAUAUGUCAGUUAUAUUGGUGAUUGAUACACUCAAGAGAGAGCGUUAUCCAUGAUUAGAAGCGGAUAGCUCAUAGGUUUUCUUUCGGAUCAGCUGAUUGUCAAAGUCCGCUCGCGAAUAAAGCGCUGUAGAGUGCUGCUUAUU